AUGACAGAUUCAGCCGAGCCCCCAAACUUCCACUCCCCAGCCAACAUCUUCCUCCAAAAGGAAGUCUACCGUCUAGGCUCCCAACCAGGCCUCCGCUCUCUCCCUCCUAGCCCCGAACGCGACUUUAUUACCCUAACCUGGGGCCCUGUUAUCUACCGCACUACAUACGCCCCGGAGUCUCAGCGUCUCAUCUUACUAUACCUGCGCGGCCUGAGCGAGACAAUCCGUAAAUCCCUCCCGCGCAUUCUUGAGGGGAGUUCUGAGCAACUUGCGCGGCUUGAACAAUGUUAUUCGUCAAAGGUGUUUAGUUCGCAGGAGACACUACAUGGGGUUGAUGAGGGGUUCGUCCGGAAUGCAUUUCAUGAUUGGAAGGUUGCGCUUUCUGUACCGGCUAUUGAGUUGCCGGUGCGAUUGAGGAUGUGUAUGUUGAUUGAUGAUGCAGUGUUGGCGGCGAUGACGGGGAUAGUGGAUGAAGCAGCGAGGGAGGUUGAGGAUGCAGAUUUAUCACGGUGUCCUAUUAAGGUUAUUGAAGAGAAUUUUCCGGAUGUGAAUCAUCCCGAGUCUGUGUCGGCUGCUGAGGAUGAGCCCUAUUCCGGAUCGACAAUGGUGGUGCUGGGGACGAAGAGGCCCCGGCUGGCCCAAUCGCCUCAGCCGUCAACGCAACCAGCACCCGCGUCCGCACCCGACGACGAAUCGACAGAGGUGAAAUUGGCAUUACUCUUAUCCGUUUUUCCCAAUGUGACACAGGAGGCUCUGCUGGAUACCCUGGUAUCAUGUAGUGGAUCUGUUGAAGAGGCCUCAUCAGUACUUUCGACACCGCAGCAGCGAGAAACAGCCAGCACCGAGUCCACAGCAACCACAACCCCGAAGAGACGAGCCACCUCAUCCGCAAUCCAAACAUCCCUCCUCCCACACAUAAUCUGCUCCCCAAAACCCAACACCAGCCACCCACUCCCAAAAAAUCUCCAACAACAACAACAACAACAACAACAACAACAACUCCUGACCCGCAAAGGCCGAACCCUACACCUCUACACCCCCCGAGACAUAGCCCACCACACACCCUGCACAAUAAUCCACAACUUCCUCCCCCCACACACAGCAAGCACCCUUCUCCAAGAACUCCUCUCCGAAUCCCUACACUUCUCACGCCACAAAUUCCAGCUCUUCGAGCGCACAGUGCAAAGCCCGCACUCUGCUAGUGUCUACGUCUCUACACCUGAGGAAUACCACCAACAGACAUCUGAAUAUACAUACGGUGGAACAUACCGGUCGAACGUCCGACAGAUCACGCCGCAUAUGUGCGAUGUUUCGGGCAAGGUACAAUAUGCAGUGAACGAGGAGAUAAGGAGACGGAUUCGGGACGUUUAUCCCCGGGGAGAGAAAUUGAGAUACCAGUCGCCAAGGAUGUGGAAGCCCAAUGUGGCGUUUGUGAAUUGUUAUGAUGGGCCGGCGGAGAGUGUGGGGUUUCAUUCGGAUGAGUUGACGUAUUUGGGGCCGAGAGCUGUUAUUGGGAGUUUGAGUUUGGGGGUUGAGAGGGAGUUUCGGGUUCGAAGGGUUGUUGCUGAUGAUGAUGAAGAAAAAGAAGAAGAAGAAGACGAUGACAAUGAUACUGUAGCGCAAAAGCAAAAACAAACUGCACGUGCAGACGCCCAGGGUCAGAUAUCCAUUCAUCUACCGCACAACUCCCUUUUGGUCAUGCAUGCGGAGAUGCAAGAAGAGUGGAAACAUGCCAUAACCCCGGCCCGAACUGUGAACCCGCAUCCCGUAUCUGGGAAUCGGCGGAUAAAUAUCACAUACCGGUGGUACCGUGAUUCGCUUCAUCCGUGGUAUACCCCGAAGUGCCGUUGUGGGACGCAUGCUAUCUUGCGCUGUGCGCAACGAAAGCGAGAAACUAGGGGUAGAUAUAUGUGGAUGUGUUAUGCAGGCUAUGCCCCUGGGGGUAAAGGAUGCUCAUUCUUCCAAUGGGCAGAAUUUGAUGAUGAUGGCGAACCAUUAUGGGCGAAUAAACCAACUGAGGAGCAGGCUCCUACGUUGGCCAACUUUGUAGCCUCACAGCUGUCAGACGACUAA